AGCUAGUCCACUUAUUGCUAGUCUUUCUCAGGUGCCUAGUGUAGUGAGUAACUAUUGCGGGAGUUGGACCUGUAAACUAUUAAGGCCUGAGCCGCCUCUAACAUGCAGCAUUGUAACCCUUGUGUAAAUGUACAGCCAUUGUAGUUUUUUACCGUGAUUGUUUUCAAGUCACGCUGUGCUCCAUCUCAAGCGUUCACCAUGAGUUGCAGCAGAUCUUUAUUGUGCUGCAACAACACACUGGCAACCGCACGCUUCUUGCCACCUGCUGCUGCACGUUCCCGGAAUUCCGUGUCGUCGGAAUAUUUAAAUUCAAACGUAACCUCUGCCUGUAACGGUGUCACUGGCGGACAUCUUACUUCUCUCACCUGCGCAUUCGGGAACCAUAUCACCGCUUUGAAUUCUUGUCAAUUUAGGAACUAUAGUCAACAAAACAAGAAAAGCUUCAAUUUUCUGCAUGUUUGCGGCACGGCCAAUAAAAGUAACGGCUGUCCCGGCGAUGGUAAUGGUCUUGGUACGGUCGCGGCAGCCGUGGCGGCGAUGGCUGUCGCUGGUUACUGCUGCUCUCAGCUCAGCCGCGGGGACAAUAGCGGCGACUGCAUCCUGCCUACAGUUCAUGCAAAAGGCAUUAAACGGCACGUGCCAGAAGAGCUACAGCUGAGCGGGCUGAAGCUGAACCACCGAGAGCGUCGCUUCAUUAAGUUCGCGAGCGUGGAGUACCGCGGGCAGCUCUACAUGACGCCUCAGGACUUCAUUGAGAGCGUCACUGACUCAGAGCCUCGACAGAGGUUGCGGCGACGACAGCUCACACAGGAAGACCUCGAGAAGUUCUACCAGCGCACGCCGCCGCUGCGCAAGGGAACUUCUAAAAUGUUCCGAGAGAUUUAUGAUAAGGGGAUCAUGUCGUACACAGAGUACCUCUUCCUCCUGUCCAUACUUACAAAACCGCAGACGGGGUUCCACAUCGCCUUCAACAUGUUCGACACGGACGGCAACGAGCGCGUCGACAAGCAGGAGUUCCUCGUGCUGAUGGAGCUGCUGAACGGCGCGGUGCACAAGUCGCUGGUGACGUGGCUACACGAGUACGAGAACAGCGGCGCCCCCCACCAGGAGGUCCUGCGAGCACGUCACGUCACCCAGCCUGUUGCCUGUCUGUACGAAGAGGCGAUGAAAGUGACAUGCCAGAUCGAGGGCGAGAAGUACGCGGGCAGCAUCGUGAAGCUGCAAGCCGCCAUCAAGUACGGCGAGGAGGACCUGCCAGGGGCCAAGAGCCUCGUCGACCAGAGUCCUGACGACGACCCAGAUGCUGAGGUCAACAGAGCCUGUCUGUUGUACAAG